UAACAUGCGAUAGUUGCUCGUUUGUGAAUUAUCAUCCAACGUUUCUUGCGUGCGAGUUAAUGAAAGCUGAAGGAAAUGAAGCAUUAGAAGUUGGAUGGCAAUUUUUGUCAACAAAUUAUGGAACGAGAAAUAGGGGACCUGUUUGUCGAUCAUUCAGUCCAUGCGAACUUACAGAAGCAUGUGUUGAUACCUGCUUUGAAGACGAUCAAGUAGGAUACCAGUGCAUACCCAAUCAGUUUCAAAAAAUACCUACUUUGUCUAUGGCAGCAUUUCCGAUUCAUUCUUCAUACCCAUUAAAGAACCUGCAAGAUGGGCAUGAUAGUACGUACGCUGGAACUUUCCAUGACAGCACAAGUCACUUUAGACUUGACUUCGGUAUGGUAAAAUUCAUUCGAUUUAUAACAAUUCGUUUGGUAACGACUGUCAGGAAAGCUGUGAUCACGGUUGAUGAUAAAUUCUGUUCAUGGGUACCAGAAGUAGCUGAUGUCAAUUUUGUUGUAGAAUGCAAUUCAUUGUUAUCAGGUCAACAAGUUGUCUUAACUCAUCUGGAUUCUUCGCAAGCGUUUUUGGUGAGCGAAAUGCAUUUUUACGGUGACGUUUAA